UAAAGUUUUCGGAUGUGUGCGUGACGUUUACAAGAAGAAAAGAAGUGAUUUCAUUAGUCGCAAAAAAUUAAAAUUCUCAGUGCAUAAAAUAUUCAAAGUGAAAACAGAAGAACAGAAGAACAAAACGCGUUAAACAUUCAUUGAAGUCGUUAUACGUUUUAAUCAAAAAGUAUAAAUGAAGUUGUAUUGUAAAGAACGAAAACAAUCGUGGAAAAGCAAUGAGCAAAUAAUCUAGAGAAAUGCGAAGUAAUUAAAAAGAAAAAAAAAAGCGUUCAUAUAUAAAACGGUUAAGGUAAAAGAGUCAUUGCACAAGCGGGCUUACUGACACGCAUACGUUAGCAUUUAGUGGAUUUUAGAAGUUUAGAAAUAAUAAGACCACAAUAUGCCGUUAUUUGGCAAAAAGGAUUCCGGCAAGAAAAUGAAAUCAAAGGACAUAAGAGAACUAAAUAAAACAGUACCGAUCGAAGAUAAAUAUAUACUGCAUGAUACGCUGGGCACUGGGGCUUUUUCUGAAGUCCGCCUAGCGGUGAGUAGAGAAAAUCCGGAUCAUCAUUACGCUGUUAAGAUAAUCGAUAAAAAAGCGCUCAAGGGCAAAGAGGAAUCACUCGAGAAUGAGAUACGUGUACUACGAAGAUUUAGUGCGAAUCAGCAAAUUGACGGUGAAUUAGAACCGGGCACCAGACUUACACAUCCCAAUAUAGUACAAUUGUACGAGACGUUCGAAGAUAAAUCAAAGAUUUAUCUUGUAAUGGAAUUAGUCACUGGUGGUGAGUUGUUCGAUAGAAUUGUAGAAAAAGGUUCCUAUACGGAAAAGGAUGCCUCCGAUUUAAUUAGGCAAAUAUUGGAGGCAGUUGCUUAUAUGCAUAAAGAGGGCGUUGUCCAUAGAGACCUAAAACCGGAGAAUUUACUCUUUUACAGUCCCGACGAUGAUGCCAAGAUUAUGAUUAGCGAUUUUGGUCUAUCGAAAACUGAGGAUUCAGGCACAAUGGCUACAGCAUGCGGCACACCAGGCUACGUGGCUCCAGAAGUUUUGGCCCAAAAACCUUAUGGCAAAGCUGUCGAUGUAUGGAGUAUAGGCGUUAUCUCUUAUAUUCUAUUAUGCGGCUAUCCUCCAUUCUACGAUGAAAACGAUGCCAAUCUUUUCGCACAGAUACUUAAGGGCGAUUUCGAAUUUGAUUCACCCUAUUGGGAUGAUAUCAGUGAAUCAGCCAAAGAUUUUAUACGUCAUUUAAUGUGUGUAGAUGUUAAAAAACGCUACACCUGUGAACAGGCUUUAGCACAUCCUUGGAUAUCUGGCAAUGCUGCCGGCAAUAAAAACAUACAUGCUACGGUUUCAGAGCAACUUAAAAAGAAUUUUGCCAAAUCGCGUUGGAAACAAGCCUACAUUGCGGCCACAGUUAUACGGCAAAUGCAACGCAUGGCAUUGAGUAGUAGCAAUAGCUCCGGUGAGGGCGGAAGUAAAACUAAUCUGUUAAAGGAUAGCAAACUGAAUGUACCAUCGGACAGUAGUCAGCGCAGCGAUACGGAUGAAAGCAUUCAUGUCGAGAAUAUUGAAACGACAAAAACGACAACAUCGAAUGCUGAGAUUAAAAACCAAAGAAUCUCAUCGCCAACCUCUUGUUUAAAUGGUAGUGGUCAAGCAAAAUAAUCAAAUAAAUACGUAAAUGUUUAAAAAAAAAAAAGAAGAAAACAACAACAACCAGACAACUGCGAUACCGCACAGAAACUAUAUAAAAACUGAAUUCAAAACAAGAAAUAACAAACACAUACACAAAAUUCGUUAUUUGGAAAUUGCACAAGAGUUUUUUUUAGGAAGCAAAGAAAUAACAAAAAAAAAAAAAAAGGAUAGAUUCCUUUAUAACAUCAAAAUCAAUACAUAUAAACCUACUCGAAUAAAAUAAAAUCAACAAAUUUUUAAUUAUUAAUGAAAAAAAAAGAAA